AUGGAAAUAGAUUCAAUAGAAGAAGAAGAAUAUUAUCAAGAAGAUAGUGAUAGUGACAGUAGUGAUGAAGGAUUUCAACAAAGAGCAUUUGAUUUGGGAGAUUUAGAUGAUGAUAGUACGAUGAUUAAUUUUGAUGAAGAACCAUUGACUGGUGAAGAGUAUCUUCGUCGUGUACGAUAUGCAGCAAAGAGAUGUCCCAAGGUGGUAGUAGCAGAUAUAGAUUUGACAAAGUUGCCUGUUGGUAUGAGGAGACCUUCAAACACCUAUUUUACACCUCCUCCACAGAUUGCGCAGUGUCUUGCUCAUCUUGUUCCCUCUGAUGAUUGGGUUGACCAAUUCUUGGAGGGAUUUUCAAAUCAUCGUCAAUGUUUAAAUCAUACUCUUUGUAAUACUCCUACUCCAACUGCUCCUCAUGAAAUAAUAAAAUUACCUCAUCAAAAUGAUAAAAGAUCUUGGUAUAUUUAUUGUUUUGGAAAUCAAUUUAAUAAUAAUAAUCAAAAUAAUCAAAAUAAUAAUAAUAAUAAUAAUAGUUCUAAUAAUAUUGAAGGAAAUCAACCAACAUUACAAUUCUUAUUACAUAUUGAUCAUGUUUUAACACUUCAAUUGAUAGAGUAUCAUGUAGAAUGGUUAGAGAAUAAAGAGUUGACAAUGGAAAGAAGAAUGUCAUCAGCACAAAUCUAUCAAGUACCGGUAGUUUGUAAUGGUUUAAGAGAACCAGAAUCUAUCAAUCAAAUAGUAGAUGCUUUAGAUAAAUUGGACAAGGUGUUUGCAGAUGUUUAUUCAUCGAUUAGCAACCGUAUACAACAUGAAAGAAAUAGAAUGGAGGGUAUUACAGGUCGUCUAAACAACGUACAAUAUAGAGUCAAUCAAGUGGUAGGAAGUAAAAGUGCCAUUACUGUGUUUAGUAGUGCAAAAUACCCAACUGAAAAGAAAUGGCCAGACUAUAAUCCUCUAUAUGCUGAUAAAGCAAGAUUACCAUUUAAACCUUCUCAUUAUAAUUUACAUGAUGUUAAAAGAAAAAAUGAAGAUAUAUUUUUAGAGGUAAAUGAUUUGGUAUUUAUUGAAAAGAGUAUUGAUGCAGCAAGUAAGGAAAUAUCGGUAAAGGAAGGGUUGGGACAUUUACCAAGUCAUAUUCCAAGUAUAUCGAAUUUGCUUUUAUUCAAUACUCAGGAAAACCCAUACAAGAAAUAUUCAAAUACAUUGGACAAUUUGUCGGGUGGUGGCGUCACUGGUGAGGAUGGAGCUCCUCUAUUAUUGGGUGACAAGAAAAAGAUUCUUCAUGCUGCACCCGUCACUGUUGAAAAGGGUGAUGUACUCCCCAGUGUCGAGGGUGGCAACGUCAACUACAAGACUGUCAUUAAUCCAGCUGAACUACCAUCAUACGACUUUCCAAGUGCACUUCCACUUCGUGGUGUUGCCGAGAAUAUUGGUUGGGUUGUUGGCGAUAGCAAUUCAACUAUUGCACCAUCCAAUCAAGUUAGUUCGGCAUUACCAAUCUUUGAAAGCAGUGAAGCAAUGCCAUCUUCAUCUACUACAGCAUCUCAACCACCAGUGUACAAUAACAACAUCAACAACAACAAUACUAAUAUUAUGAAUACUAAUCUUCCACCAACAACUGGAGCACCUCCACCACCACCACCUCCACCACCUCCUCCAAGUGGUGCUCCACCUCCACCUCCACCACCUCCACCACCAAAAAUGUCUGCAUCUCUUCCAACUACACUCCAAGACGACAGUGACAAUGAACAAGCAGACGACCAAAAUACAGAUGGAUCUGCAAUUGGAAAUCUUCUUGCCGAUAUUAGAAAAGGUCACAAGAAUCGUCUCAAAAAGGCCCAAGAACCAGCUGAGAAGCCUCUUGUUGCCGAGGUGGUUGAAGAGGAACAACCAAAGAGCAUUAUGAAUGAUCUUAUUUUGGCUCUCUCUAGAAGAAGAACAAGUAUCGCAUCAACCAAGAAAUCUAGUAAAAACAAAAAACAACAAGAUUCUGAUAGUGAUUCUGAUAGUGAUUCAAGUGAAUGGGAAUAA